AUGGCAAGUAGCUCAAAAACCGAAGCAAACAAUGGUGAAUCUGGAGCAAUCGACGAAGGUGUACUUGAAGAGAUGAAGUCUUUGCUUCACGAAUUUGAGGAGGUAGAAACUGAGCUUGCACGACAACAUGUGAAGCUUUUGGCACCAAUUUACGAAAAACGACGGAAAAUCUUUGAAAAAAUUCCAAGGUUUUGGACAACAGCC